UGCUGCUGCUGCUGGGCUGAUUCAGCGCUGAAACUCUCCUCUGUUCCUGUUGUUCAGCUGAAAACAAGCCCGGCCCGCCACAGCAGCAGGGGGGCAUGGAGCCUCGCGGCGGCCACGACCCAAAGGGACCGGUUCUGCACAUCGUGGUGGUCGGAUUUCACCACAAAAAGGGCUGUCAGGUUGAGUUCUCGUACCCGCCGCUGAUGCCGGACGAAGGUCACGACAGCAGCCUGCUGCCAGACGAGUGGAGGUACCUCCCUUUCCUGUGUCUUCCUGACGGCGCGCACAACUACCAGGAGGAUACCGUGUAUUUCCAUCUGCCGCCCCUCAGCGGAGACAUGAAGUGUGUUUACGGUGUGUCCUGUUAUCGUCAGAUAGAAGCAAAGGCGCUGAAGGUCCGGCAGGCCGACGUCACCAGGGAGACGGUUCAGAAGAGCGUCUGCGUCCUCAGUCGAGUGCCUCUGUACGGCCUGCUGCAGGCCAAGCUGCAGCUCAUCACGCAUGCCUACUUCGAGGAGAAGGACUUCUCGCAGAUCUCCAUCCUGAAGGAGCUGUACGAGCACAUGAACGGUUCGCUGCGGGGCUCGGCGCUGGACGGAUCGCAGGUUUACCUCGGGUUAUCGCCAAGAGAUCUAAUCCUGCACUUCAGACACAAGGUUCUCAUCCUCUUCAAGCUCAUCCUGCUGGAGAAGAAGGUGCUGUUCUACGUAUCUCCCGUCAGCCGGCUGGUGGGGGCUCUGAUGACGGUUCUGUCGCUGUUCCCAGGGAUGAUCGAGCACGGCCUGGUGGACUCGUCCCACUACCGGCCCAAGAGCAGCUCGUCGGAGGAGCCCGCGGUGCUGGAGGGCGUCGUAGGAGCCGAGGAGUUCGUCUCCGUGUCCGUCACAGACAUCGCCAUCGCCAGCGCCGGCCUGGAGCUGGAGGGUCUGGAGCCCGACCGACCCGCAGCCGAGGGCCAGACCUCGGAGGACGAGCACCUCCUCAAACCCCCCGCCUGCGCCUCCCCCGAGUCCUCGGAGAGCGACUGGGAGACCCUGGACCCCAGCGUGCUGGAGGACGGCGCCGCCAGGGAGCCGGGCCAGGAGGCCCAGGAGCAACCGGGGCAACCGGAGCUGCCGGACGCCUUCCUCUCCCAGCCGGACGUCCCCAUCACCGUGCAGCCGCAGUCGGCCAGCGGGCCGGGGGGCGUCUCCCAGGGCCUGGUGUCGGGGCUGGAGGAGGACCAGUACGGCCUGCCGCUCGCCAUCUUCACCAAGGGUUACCUGUGCCUGCCCUACAUGGCCCUGCAGCAGCAUCACCUCCUGUCGGACGUGAGCGUGCGAGGCUUCGUCGCCGGGGCGACCAACAUCCUGUUCCGUCAGCAGAGGCACCUGAGCGACGCCGUGAUCGAGGUGGAGGAGGCCCAGAUCCAGAUCCAGGACCCCGAGCUCAGGAAGAUGCUGAGCCUGACGACGGCCGACCUGCGAUUCGUGGACUACCUGGUGAAACACGUGACGGAGAACCGGGACGACGUGUUCCUGGACGGGACGGGCUGGGAGGGGGGAGACGAGUGGAUCCGGGCGCAGUUCACCCUCUACCUGCACUCCUUACUGUCCUCCGCGCUGCAGGAAGAUAACGAGAGGCUGCUGGUGGAUUACGGGGCUCCCUUCGUCUCGGCCUGGAAGAUCACGCACAACUUCCGGGUGUGGGACAACAACAAGCACCCGGCCAUGACCUCCAUCACCCCGGGCCACCCGUUCCAGGGGCAGUACAGCGUCGCCGACGUCAAGUUACGCCUCUCCCACUCUGUUCAGAACAGCGAGCGAGGGAAGAAAUUCGGCAACGCCAUGAUGACGACCAGUCGCAGCGUCGUGCAGACCGGGAAGGCCGUGGGUCAGUCGGUGGGCGGAGCCUUGACCAGCGCCAAGUCAGCCAUGUCCUCCUGGUUCUCCACGCUGUCCCACCCGCCGCCGGUGGCCGGUCCCGGCUCUCCUGAGCCCGCCGGCACCGAGGUGAAACCCUAAGCAUCCUCAGAGACUCUUUCUCCUCGUCCACGAUGGCGAAGCCCGAGGAUGAGCGCGGAGGCGCCGCGGACAGAAACAACCUCCUCUCCUGAGACUCACCCCGAGGCCUCGGCCCAGAGACCCGGGACUUUUCCCAGCGCAGAGACGGACCGGUGCCGGUGCAGCACUGCGAGGCGGGAAACGCUGGAACAUUCAGGACGCCGCAUCACCUCUCCGCCGCCCGUUUCUCUCUGCUGCUCCCCCGACACGCCGUCUCCGGUCCGCUGUGCACGUCCUCGACAGUUUACUCCGUUUAGCUACUUACGAUGCUGCAAAAUUAUGCCAAACAAUCUUCUGUGGAAGGAUUUUUAACCCCCUUAAAAAAAAAAAAAACAAGGUUUUAGCAGAUUUUAAAUCC